AUGGACUCACACCCCCAAAAUACCAGCGAUGACGAUGAUGACGUUGAACAUGUUUACAUUGUGAGUAGCCCGGAAGCGUCCAGUGAAGAAGAGGGCUGGAACUUGCCAGCACCUGACGCCAACGCUGACGACGCUGUCGCGGUGCUACGAGGGCACUCCAGUGCAGUAUACGCUGUAGCGAUCACAGGUCAGGAUGAGGUGGUGAUUUCUGGAGGAGGCGAUGAUCGAGCGCUGGUCUGGGUGCAGCCCUUUUCAGAGGCACCGCGGCUCCUCGGCGACUUUCAUGACAGCGUCAGCGCUGUGGCGCUUACAGGAUCGCGCUUAGCGCUCGGCACACUGGCGGGCGAACUACAAGUACACUGCACCCAGCAGCUGACCGAGCGCACCGAAGGAGAACAACUCGCACCGCCGCUGGCUCAGGUGGAAACUGAUGUUGGCAUCGAGUGCCUUCGAGGAAACAGCGAAUUCUUCGCUGCCGGAACAGCGGAUGGAGCACUCUGGGUCCUCGAUGCGCUCUCUGGAGACUGCCUUGGGGUUGCUUACAAUCACCAAGGCGCCAUUAAUUCGCUCGCUUUCGUCCAAGAUGAUACGAAUGUGUCUACGACGAGCCUAUUGGUGACGGCCUCGACGGAUGGCACCGUGCGUUUAUGGGGACCUCCGUCGCACGGCACCGUCCCGUGCCUAUACGCAAUGGAUGGGGUAUUUCACGACGCUCCUGUACUUUCGUUGGCAAGUUUUCGGGACGUGGUGCUCAGCGGCGAUGAGGCAGGUCGAUCGUUUCUAGCGAACUGGCGAACUGGACGUGUCUUGUGUCCGUUGAGCCAGCAGCACCAGGGGAGCGUGGAGAGUGUCGUCGCUAGUUCCGAGUUUCUGGUUACGGGCGGAUCAGAUGGAUUUCUUCAUGUGUAUACACCAGAUGCACGAUACAGAAUGAGCUUUCAGCAUCGCGAUGUCGUCGUUGUGGUUCGGGAAACGAAACGAUGGUCCCAGUGCUUUGUUUCUGCGUCCGUCGAUCAGACAGUGUGCCUUUGGGAUUUACGUUCUGGUGCCGAGCCAGUGCGAUGUUGGCGUGGUCACUGCGACGCGAUUCUGACCAUGGAUAUCGGAACGGAGCUGAUCGUUACCGGGAGCGACGAUGCUACGGUACGAUGCUUUCCUCUGCAGUAG